UGGUUUUGUGAGGAAACAGACUGGGAUGAUGAUGCCGAAUGUGUCAACAUUAAAAAAUUCAGAGGAGAUUUGGCAUACAAGCAGCGAGAAUUUAAGGUAUUCAGGAUACUAUUAUUUGAAUGUGUGUCUUUCAGGCACAUGAUAAAAUCUUGCACAUGAGAACAUGCUUAAAUUGUUUAUCCCCAUGACAUUUUUGAAUUAAUAAAUAAAAUAAAUACUGACUCAAAUCAGAGGGUUCCCCUCACUGUUUUUUCUUUGAUUUUUUUUUUAAAAAAUUGUACAUUUAAAUUUUGCAUCUUGCCCACUUUCAUUUUCAUAUUUUGGUGUUAUUGCGAUUGGUCCCAGGAAUUUGGUAAAGGGCAAGUUGACAGGGAGAUGGCAAAAUGCCAGCUGGGUGCUAGCCUGGCAUUACAGCAACAUCUUAUGCACAUCAAUGGGACUUGCACCUAGGUAAGAGUGUAUAGGAUUGGACACUUUAGUAUUUAAACAAGGAACCUCAGAGGCCAAACACCACACUCCACACUUUUCUGUCUCACCUCAAGUCUUAAUGGCCCUUAGGAAAGGUCUGCACCCACCUCUAGUGAUCUUAUCUGGCAGGAACGCUUCCUUGAACUGUGACAAUGCCUCUUGUUUGUCGUGAUGGAAGACAAGAAAGUAGUGUGUGUCUGGCCAUACCCACCGCUGCCAUGUGGCCCCCAGGUUACCUAGAAUUGAAUGUGGCUCUCAGGCUGAACGGAAAAGGUUCCCCGUCCCGCUUUUCUUACCCUAGAACUUGGGCCUUGAUCUUGCUUUAUGCCUAAUGAUUGCGCACAGAUCUCAGGCCACUCAGUCUUCCUGAGUUGCACUAAGUUCAAGCUCGGUAUUUGCAAAAUCUCGUUUCAGAAGGCUCUGUGCGAAUAUUCCGGCUGCCUCGCGUUGCUGCCUCCCAGCAACGCUGCCAUGCGGAGAGACGUGCAGGAGAGCCAGGCUCGUUGCUUUGCUCACCUGGGGAGACACAAGGAAGCCUUGGAGAUCGCAGAAACGCUGAGACUAGGAGCAACAAACACUGACCACAUAACAACAGUACUAGGGCUGCAGCUUGCCAUUUACCAGACUCUGGAGCGUGUUGAGGAAAUAAUUGGGUGCUUACAGCGGCUGAUUUUGUUACACCCCUUUCACCCGGGGAACUGGAAGCUGCUUGCUGAAGCUUAUGCGAAACUUUUGCAGUUUCCAGCCCCGUUGUCUCUGUCGGAGGCGGAUCUCUUGCAACCCGAUGACCUGACUGCAGAUAACUGUUUCAAAGCUUCGGCGGAGGAAUCCAGAUCCCAGUGCUGCAAAAAAGACAGCUCGAGGAAGGGUUCCUCUUUGCAGUUUUCUCCCUGGACAGACAACAGCUUUGGAUCUUGUGAGGAAUGCCAAACUGAAAAGGGGCAUUUUGGUGCCUUGGGAAGGACAGGGGCAUUGCAUGCGGCGAAGACAGCUAUGCCCGAUUCCUUGGGACAAGAAGGGUCUAAAGAUGUUUGGAUAUAUUCAUGUGCUUCCUUCAUCAGAGCAAGGCUCUUGUUGCAGCUCAUGCAGUUGAAUCAGUCUUCCUUUGCGUUAGAGCAUAACUUAAAGGCUCAGCAGGAAAUUGAAGACCAAGUGGCAUCCUUCGGCGUGAAAGGCAACGCCUUGCUUCUGGUGACUCAGGUCAUGGGAGAGGACCUUGUCCCAGAAAAGCUCAAGGAGGAUGCUCAGGGAGAGGUGAAAUGCUUAGGUGCUUCAAGCCUGGCAUCCAUGAUGACUGUGACUGCUGUGGAAUUUGAAAGGAAGUGGUUUCAGAAGCUCAGAGGCCACUUGUUGCACUUGGACUGUCACACAUAACACAGUGUUUUGUUUUUCCUGGUUAUCAACAUGAUUUGUAUGUAAGUGCCUAGAGGAGAAUUCCACUCCCGAAGCUGAUUCCAUCUAUCUGAGCCUGGGAUGGUGGCCCUCUUCAAUGUUACAUGAGAGUGGCUUGGCCGGCAUGGGGAAGGUUAUGAACUUGUUUUGGGCAAGGUGAUUGAUGAAUGGCAAUCCAUUUCCCAUGCUGCCGGUUCAUGCCCCAUUCACUUUUGUGUCUUCCGGUGCGUGGAUCUGCUCCGUGAAACGGUAACAGAGCAGCAGGGGCCUUAAACUCUCCUCCCAACCACAUUGCCCAUUUGCAAAAGGGAUGUCCAUGGGAGAAAGUAACCCUGGGGGAUCUUGAACAGGGCAUAGCUGCCAAGUUAUCGCUUUUUUAAAGGGAUUUUCCCUUAUGCUGAAUAGGCUUCCUCGCGAGAAAAGGGAAAACUUGGCAGCUAUGGAACAGGGGUCUGUCUUCCAUUUGUCUAUUGCAUGUGCUGCGAUCCUCUUCUUAGAGGUUGGUUCUCUGUAAGUAUAACUUGUUGUGAGCAGCUUCAUGUCAUUCCCCAGAUCAGAGCAGGGGGGAAAGCAACAUCUACCGUAUUGGCCUGAAUAUAAGCCUAACUUUCCUCCCAAAUUAUGAUCAUGAAAAAUUAAAGUGUGGCUUAUAUUCGCAACCAAGAGCGUAGCAAAGUGGCGUCCUCCCCAUGUGUAGUCAGUCCCCUGUCCUCUCCCCCAAGGCCGGGAAGGCAAAGAGCGAGGAAGGGGAAAGGCUGCUGGCAAUGCAGCUCUGCUCCCCCCCACCCCUGUAUGCAGCCAGGAGCAGCGAGGAAGGGAGUGGCUUAUAUUCUGUUAUUCCCCCCCCACACCUCCAAUUUUAAAGGUGCGGCUUAUAUUCAUGCCAAUACGGUAUUAUGCUUCCCAUCUCAGAAUAGUCUGCAUUCCAGAUAGUUAAUAGUUCAGCCCCUGGUAUUUUCCAGCUAAAUGUUCAGGUAACAAGUGACAGGGAGAUCUUGUUACCUUCACAUUCUACAUAGCAGCUUUUCAUAUAUAAGGCAUCAGGCAAAAACUUUAACCAGGCCUUUGGCUGAUUGACAUCUAAUGCCCUUUUAAAUGCGUUGUGGAAAGGGGGAUUAUUGGGUUGUUUUUGUUUUUACUAUGUAUUUUGUGUUUUUAUGUUGUGAUUUUAUGUUGUAACCACCCUGAGAUCUACAGGUGUAGAUCUUCAGGUGUAGCUGAAGUGUAAAAACGGGUGUGGUUGAGGGCCACAGCUUUAAAAGCUGCCUUCCAAAUUCUAGUUACAGGUAGGUAGCCGUGUUGGUCUGACGUAGUCGCAACAAAAUAAAAAAAAUUCCUUCCAGUUGCACCUUAGAGACUAACUAAGUUUGUCAUUGGUAUGAGCUUUUGUGCACACAAACUUAGUUGGUCUCUAAGGUGCUACUGGAAGGAAUUUUUUAAUUUUGCCUUCCAAAAUGUUUUCCUAUCAGCUAGUGGACACUGUUUUUAAUGAUUUUAUAUUAUCCUAUAUAAUAAAGUGCAAGUGUCUCUGCGUCCAGAUUCCCUGUGUCCCUGGGUUUCCGCUACUGCGCAUGUGCCCCACGGACACAGGGAUUGGAUGCAGAGACUGCACGCGCACACGUGUGUGCUCUCCCCACCCACCACCCACCUACUGUUUCCCUGCGGCCGCCAACCCCCGCUCCUGGCCGGACUGAGCGUUGGCGGCGGCGGGGGGGGAGCACGUGUGUGUGUGCGUCCAGCAAGGACAGGUCCUGGGGUUCGGAGAAGCUCCCGGGACCUCUCCUUCCUGUCGGCAGCUGGGGGAGAGGAAGGAAGGAGGAGAAAGAGCUGCUUUCUCCGCCUUCGUUCCUGUCCCCCUGCCACCGACAGGAAGGAGAGGUCCUGGGAGCACCAGAUCGAGGAGCCGGUCUGCAGAGUCAGCGC